AUGGCAACAUCAUCGCCGCCGUCCAUGGACGGCAUGUCACCCGUUUAUGAACUCAAGAUCCGUCAACAGCCCAAGAAUGCGCGAGUAGCCAUCGGGAAAGAAAAAGACAGAAAGCCUAUCGAUCCCCCUCCCAUCAUCCAGCUCGAUAUCCACCCUAUGCGCCAUCAAAUACACAACCCUUACCUGAUCCUCGUCUGCAAACUCGUCGCCCCAGGUAGUACCGAGAACGACGAUGCCAACCACCAGCAACCUGAACCCAAGGAGAACGACCUGACCGGCUCCCUUUGCUCGUCUCCAUACGUUCUCAAGGACACCAACAAUGCCCAAGGCCUCUUCUUCAUCUUCCAGGACGUCUCAGUACGCCGCGAAGGUACCUAUCGUCUCGAGUUCAACCUCUUCGAGCUCAAGCCUUUGACCAGGGAAUGCAUCGCCCUAGCCAGAACCACCUCCGAGAAGUUCGUCGUGUUCCCUCACCGGUACUUCCCCGGAAUGGCCGAGAGCACCUUCUUGACAAGGUCGUUCAGCGAUCAAGGCGUGCGCAUCCGACUACGCAAGGAUAGCCGAAGCGUCAGCACGCGCAAGAGAGGUGCCAGCGCUUUGGGGGUCGGAGCAGGCAGCGGUGGUGUCGUAGGGCGUCUGAGGGCCGGCUCGACGAUAGGUCUAGGCGGACAACAAUACUCGCCCAUCACCAUCUCCCACCACUCCCAGUCCCACGGCAGCGGCGGUAGCCACGAUGAGCUCUCACCAACCAGCACCAGCCCAAUGCACCGCAUCAACACCACCCUAGCCGGUCAUCACCACCAUGACCUCAUCCCAGGCAUCGGCCACUUGGACCGUGGUCAUCAUCGCGGCUCACUAGCCUCCCAGACAUCUUCAAGCCUGCUCGACUCUCCCUCAAAUACCAUGCUCACCUCCCCCACCGUCACAGGCGUAGGCGGCUUUGGCGCCUCCACGGCCACAACAAUGGGUGGUAGCGGCAACUACUCCUUCACCGGCGUCGCCGCGGCGCAGCAGUACUCCUACCCUGGCGCAGCCCUCAGUCUGACCACUGGCACCACCGCUGAUGAUCGGUACUACGAUUACAACAGAGCUGGUAAGCGGCCUAGGUUAUUGCACGGUGUAGAUGAUCCGCUCGACCAUUCCUAUGGGAGAGAUCCUUACGGACGGGAUCCCUACGACCAUCAUCAUCGGGUGGUCGGAAGCGUGACUCUACCGCCCCAUACUCAAGGGUAUGCGACGAUGGAUGCUGCACAUGGGUAUCACAGUCGGCAUCAUGAUUAUUAUGGGGCGACGGCUGCGGGGGCUUACUUUGGGUCGGGGAUGUGA